GGGCUGGGAGCCCGGCCAUGAGGGACUGUGGCCCGUCCCAGCCCAAAGCCAGCCCAGCACCACCCAGGCACACUCCAGCCCCAAGCCUCAGCAUGGCCUCCAGGCACAGUGGCCCCAGUGGGGCUGAGGAAGGGGCUUCCUGCUCUGAGGGCCCUGGUGGGAGUGUGGCCUGCCCCUCCCUGCCCUGCAACCCAUCCCCAGAGACACGGGGGGCAUCAAGCUCAGGGACAUCAGAGAACACCCUCUCAGGGAAGCCAGAGCCUGGAGCCUCAGCUAAGGGAGCGCCCUCUUCCCCGGAGAACGGAACCCCUGUGUUCCUGGACAAGACUGAUUCCAAGUCUUUGAAACAAAUGAAUCCCACUUCCAUAGCAAAGGGAGAGUUGGGGUCCUUAGGGAAGGUGGACCCUACACCCACAGACAAGACCGAGCCUGUGAGUGUGGAUAAAGGGUGUCCUGUGGUUCCUGGAGUGAUAGAACUUGUGACCCCAAAGAAGGAGGAGCCUGGAUACCUGGGGCUGGCGGGGCCUGUGGGCCCCAGCAAGGGGGACGUGGGACCCCCAGGGAAGCAGGGACCAAGGAAUUCAGGCAAAGAGCCUCUGGAUUCCUCCAAAGAGGCCAACCUUGCAUCUCCUGAGAAGCAGUCUGGGCCCCUGGAAGAAAGAGACGCCACAUGCUUGCCACACACAUCUGUACCUGCAGGCAAAAAAGAGUCCGAGGCCUCAGGAAUUCUGACAGCAGGGGCGUCAGGCAUGAGUGAGCCCUUGUCCUUGGGAGCCUUGGAUCCAGGAACCUCAGGAAAGGUGACCCCUCAACACCUGGAGUGCACAGAGACUGUAACCCCUGCAAAAUGGGACCCUCAGUACCCAGGAAAGAGGGCUCCUGCCUCCUCAGAAACAGAAGCUCCCAUAUCUGUGACAGUGAGACCAGCCACAUCUUUGGGACAGGUGGGUUCCACCUCCCCAGGGCCUGUAGAGCUCACCUCAUCUACGGGGGUGACAGAGGCAGCUUCCUCAGGAAAGGAGGGCCUGGGGCUCCCCAAAAAGACAGACCCCAUUUCUGAAGAAACCACAAAAGCACCAGCUCCUGGAAACACAAACCCUGAGUCUUCAAGAAAAAGAGACCCUAUAUCCUCUAGCCUGGGGGACUCCACAUCCUUGGGGCCAGGGGGGACCUUGUCCCCUGUGAAGGCCACGGUAGACUCUGGGGGGAGAGCAGGUCCACUGUCCCCUGAGAAGUCUGGCCUGCUGUCCCUGGGAGGGGUAGGCCCUGGGGCCAAGGGGACCACAGAUACGGGACCGUCAAGUCCUAACAGCUCCACAAAGUGGAAGGCAGAGCCGGGGUCUGAGGCCCAGGCUGCCCCUGCUUCAGGACAAGCAGAGGCUUUGCAAAAGAGACCACAGGCCUUGGAGAAGAUGGAUCUGGGACCUCUGCCCUCUGGAAAGGUGGGGGCUGAGGCCCUGGGGAAAGCUGGGUCCCCACCCUUGGAGAAGGUGGCCCCCCUGACUCUGGAGAAGCAGGAAGCUUCCUCCUCCAGGCAGGCAGACAGCAAAGUCUGUGGUGCAGCCUCUACUCUUGCAGGGGCAGGGAGCGGCACUGGACGGGUGGAGCCAAGGCCAGAGCCCAGCACCCAGGCCUCCAGCACUCAGGCCUCCAGCACCCUGGUGCCCAGCACUCAGGCCUCCAGCACCCUGGUGCCCAGCACUCAGGCCUCCAGCACCCAGGUGCCCAGCACCCAAGCCUCCAGCACCCUGGCCAUCCAAGCCUCCAAUACACGAGCACCCAGCAUCCAGGCCUCGGGCCAGAGCCAGAAAGUUCCAGCCACACCUGGUGGAGCCGAAAAGAGCCCGGCCAUGGGGACCACAGCGCCCCCUGCCGGGCCUCGGACUCGCGACAACUUCACGAAGGCGCCAUCCUGGGACGCGAGCGCCCCGCCGCCACCACCACGCGAGGACGCGGGCACCCAGGCGGGCGCACAGGCCUGCGUGUCGGUGGCACUGAGCCCCAUGUCCCCCCAGGACGGCGCGGGCGGCCCGGCCUUCAGCUUCCAGGCGGCCCCACACGCUCCCAGCCCCGCACCCACACCUGCACCCGGGCCGCCGACGCGCCGGGACGCGGGGCUGCAGGUGUCGCUGGGCGUGGCCGAGACACGCUCGGUGGCCACCGGGCCCAUGACACCGCAGGCCGCCGCGCCUCCCACUGCACCCCCCGUUUUCCCCGAGGUGCGGGUGCGGCCCGGCUCGGCGCUGGCAGCCGCGAUUGCGCCCCCGGAGGCGGCCGAGCCGGUGCGCGACGUGAGCUGGGACGAAAAGGGCAUGACGUGGGAGGUGUACGGCGCCGCCAUGGAGGUGGAGGUGCUUGGCAUGGCCAUCCAGAAGCACCUGGAGCGCCAGAUUGAGGAGCACGGCCGCCAGGGGACGCCUGCGCCGCAGGCCUCCACGCGCCUGGGGCCCGGCCCGGGCCGAGCUGGCUCCGUGCGCGCCGCGCCCCCCGACGGCACCAACAAGCGGCCGCCCGGCCUGUUCCGCGCGCUGCUGCAGAGCGUGCGGCGGCCGCGGUGCUGCUCGCGGGCCGGGCCCACGGCAGAGUGAGCACCCUCUUUUCUACGCCUGUUUUCCAACCUUCUCAGGCACCCUUCCUGUCCCCAGGCCCUGGAAGGGAACCCCUCGACGUGCCACAGGCCUGGGAAGCGGGAGGGCCUCCUCCUUUCAUUCAGCCUCCUUCCCAACCAAA